AUGGGGCCGUCGAGAUGGUCAGGCGUUCACCGCUGGGGGAACCGCAGCCGCUGCCUCUGCCGCCGGCGCCUCCUGUUCUUGCUGGCGCUGGUCUGCUUAUCGCCGGUGCUGCUCGCCCUGGCCUGUCUCUCCUCCCCCUUCAUCUGUGCGCUGGCCCUCUUCCUCCGCUUCGGCCUCGUUCAGGACGGCGAGGGGAGCUUCCUGAGCAGGUGCGAUGAAGACGCGGUCGGGGCGCCGCUGUUGCACCAGUACCUCGAGGACCAGCUGGGCCUCGUCAGCGCCGCUGUGUGGGAUUGCUACGGGGCGGCGGACGUCGCCUCCGUCGACGGGCGCGGGGAUGCGCGCUGA